CCCUCCCUCCACCACAGAGCGCCGUCACGUCUCAUCUGUCCGUCUGGAAUCAGAGGAAAGCCCCCGGCAACGACACCACAUUCGCCGUAGCUCUUCAGUCAAGCCUCAGGCGUCCCACCGUCCAUCAGCGUCCUCUUCACACAGCUCGCAGCCUGGACGGACAUCCCGGUGUUCCCCUUAUCAAAAUGGGGAAAGGGCUACAGAGUGGCGAAGCUCACACGGGGCACCAGCACAGCGGCGAGGAGCAAGAGAAGGAAGUGUGGAGGGAGAAGGAGGAGAAGGAGCGGCAGCACAGGAGGGCUGAGAAGAAACUGCUGGCCUUCUGGAUGUCCCUGUCCCACAGGACCUGGACCUUCUUCAGGCCCCGCGACAGACCCGGCUUCCAGCGCUCUGCCUCGGCGGCCCGCCUGCUGAAGAGUGAGGCAUGAGAAGAGAAAGUGUGUGUGUGUAGCUGUAGUGAGUGCAUGCAUGUGUGUGUAUGUGUGUGUGUAUGUGUGUGUGUGUGUGUGGAGGUCUGUCAGUAGCAGAGUGUCAGAAGAGGCCUCACAGACCUGCUGUCAAGUGGACCUGUGUGUGUGUGUGUGUGUGUGUGUGUGUGUGUGUGUGUAAUCCAUUCAAGUGGAUGAAAGCAACUUCCUCCGACUAGUCCACCAUUUGCAAAAGUACUUUGUGUUGCUGCCCUGCCAGAGCGGGAGUGACAGGUGAAGGGCAAAACAAGCUUGUUGAGUCUUUCUUUCUCGCAGGAAAAAAAAACUUAAAGAAGAACUGUUUUCACCAAAGAACCAUCAGCUGUGACAUUCGAAAGAGGCCGGUGCGAGAACUUGGGAACACACAGACAGAAAGAAAUAUUCCUCUCUUCCUCACCACUUCUCCCUCAAUCGAGAUGGAUCGUCACAUCCUCCUCAAAUCAAACUGACUAAUCCAACACAAAGUUUCGGGAGCAGUUUUUUGUGGCACAGAGGAACUGUCCCUCCCCACCAGCACAUCGCAGCAGGGCUUUCCGGGCAGCGAUGGGUUAACAGCGGAUCAGCCAUGGUGGUGACCCAUCUGGCUCUGGAGCUGCGUUUCCAGGGGAAGAAGCUGAGGGGCUUCACGUGUAAACUGACCCGCUCAGCCCACGGCUUCCUGCCAGAGAGCUCGUGGGUCAUCGCAGCCCAGGUCCUGCUGCCGUACCUGGUGUCUGGCCUGGGCAUGGUGGCAGCCGGGAUACUCAUGGAUAUAGUGCAACACUGGGAGGUGUUCACUGAGAUCUCAGAGGUGUUUAUCUUGGUGCCAGCCCUGGUGGGGCUGAAGGGGAAUCUGGAGAUGACAUUGGCAUCCAGACUGUCAACAGCAGCCAACACAGGGCAGAUGGAUGAGGCUCAGCAACAGUGGAGGAUGGUGUUCUGUAAUCUGGCUCUCAUUCAGGUGCAGGCCACAGUUGUGGGCUUCCUGGCAGCGGUUGCAGCAGUGGUUCUCGGGGGUCUGACCAGGGGGAGAGUGGAUGUUAUCCAGGCUGCCAUCCUGUGUGCCAGCAGCGUCACCACUGCUUUCAUUGCUGCCCUGUCUCUAGGUCUGGUGAUGGUGGCAGUGAUCAUUGGCUCCAGGAAAGUGGGCAUCAACCCGGAUAACGUGGCCACACCCAUCGCCGCCAGCCUCGGAGAUCUCAUCACUCUGUCUUUGCUCGCUGGUGUCAGCAGCUUCUUCUUCUGUUACCGAGACAUGUGGUACCUGCCUCCCGUGGUGUGUGGCCUCUUGCUGCUCCUCAUCCCGGCGUGGGUCAUUAUUGCCUGUCACUCUCCACCAGUCAGAGAGGUCCUCAGGUCAGGCUGGCAGCCGGUCAUUUUGGCCAUGUCCAUCAGCAGUAUUGGUGGUCUGAUUCUGGAUAAGACAGUGAGUAAUCCAGACUUUGAAGGUAUGGCAGUGCUCACCCCAGUCAUCAAUGGUGUAGGGGGAAACCUGGUGGCCAUCCAGGCCAGCAGGAUGUCCACCUACCUCCACUACUGGAGUGUCCCUGGAGCUCUUCCAUUUAAAAUGAGUGGGAACUGUCCUGGACCUUGUGCUACCUUCUGCUCCUCAGAUGUGAACUCCAAAUCUGCCAGAGUCCUGGUCAUCUUCGUGGUCCCGGGUCACCUCCUCUUCCUUUACACCAUCCACCUCCUGCAGGGAGGCCAUAUUGCCAUGACACCCACCUUCGUCAUCUGCUACCUGUCUGCAGCUCUGCUUCAGGUGGUGAUUUUGCUUUACGUGGCCAGGCUGGUGGUGCGCUGGUUGUGGCAAAGGGGACUGGAUCCAGACAAUUUCUCCAUCCCCUACCUCACAGCUCUGGGUGACCUGCUGGGGACUGGCUUUUUGGCUCUGAGCUUCAGACUGAUUCUGAUGUUCGGUUCAACUGGGACUGGAGUCUGACACAGACAAGUGUUCCUGUACACCCUGAAUGUAAUGUUCCCUUAAAUGCAAGUGGCUGAAGCACACUGCAAAGCCCACUGGGCUUCCUUCAAGAGAGAAGGUGAGGAAAAAAGAAUAUAGGAGGCAAGUAUGGCAUCAAUACAGAUGCACUAUGGGACAUUUUGAGCACAGAAAAAUAUUUUUUGCAAGCACAUCAAUUCUACUUUGUAGACAAAUGAUCAUGCAGAGAAUAAUUUACUUAGCUCAAUAGAUGUAUUUGAAUGUUCAAUAGAAUUAUUUGCAUGUUCAGUUAUCCAAGUGAACAGUAAUAACCUCUGAAUUUACUAAUUUACUCUCUAAUUCCCCCCAAUUUGCACAUAUUAAGCCAGCACUUUAUGAAACUGCCUCAUAACCGUACAGAGAUGAGAGGGAAAACAGGAGAGACUGGAGUUUCACCCCGACAGACACAGUCUGCUGCUAUUCAGUUUACAGCUUACAUACAGAUGGCACAUUGGUUGGUUUAGGGUGAAUAAAUGUUCAGAGGUAAAAUUCAUGUGAAUGACACUUGGAUUUCUCUCUCAACACACCUUUACAGUCAUGUCACAAUUUUAGCCUGUCUAAAAACUGGAGUCAUUUUUGGUAAGGUGUUUUUUGUCUCCAGUGGUUAUUGAUUACAGCUAAUCUGAAAGAGGGGAGCAGGGAAGCACUGGGGAAAUGCUAAGUAGGGACACACAUACAUGAAAGUACUGAAUGUAUUUUUGGUUGCUUAUGAAAUUUUCUCAUUUAGUCUCUACUAAGCUUUUUCGGUAUGGUAGGUGCUGUAGCUGACAUAUGGUUGCUAGGUGAGCAAUAGCUAACUAACCUAGCUGGCUAACUUGAUUAUUACUAGCUCAGCCAAGGCAUGAUAAUCAUUCAGUACCUUUGAAAAAAGUUUCGAUAAAUGUUUUAAUUCAGUAGCACAAUUAAGUGCUUGUAAAAAAUGCAAACAUGCAACCUUGACGUGAGUGUAAUAUUUAUAUUGCAAGCUAAUUUACAAAUUCCUAAUAGCAACCAGAUGAAUGCACUGAGAUGUAGCAAACUGUCCAACAAAAUUGUAUCUUAGAUUUAGAAUUUUUUGUAGUUUAAAGGCACAGUUUCAGUUUUUUUUAAAGGAACUACAUAAGCUAGCUUAGUUAGAUGCUGUUUAGCAGAGCACAUAAUUACAGAGGCAGCUCAGUGAGUGGUUAAAGAUCUUUAUCUAAUAUAUUAUUUUGUUGCUACAUUUUAUUUUAAAAGCAUGAUAUUAGGUCAUUAGUAGUAGUUAGUUCACUAGCUACAUAAAUUUUACUGAGGUGAAUCAUUUAGUGGUACUUUUUUCAAAGGUACUGAGUAUUAUGCCUUGUCUGAGUAGUUGGCAAUAAUCAAGUUAGCCAGUUAGCUUAGUUAGCAACCGCUAAGUCAGCUACGGUCUACCUGGGUGGAGACUAACUUAAAAGUGGUUGAUAAAACUAGCUAUGUAACCAAGACUGUAUUCACUACUUUUGUGUGGGUGCGGUGACCCUACCUUUUUUUUUUACUCCUUCCCUAGUAACUGAUAAUCCUACUAGCAAAUUGGAGACAAAACAGCCAAUCAGAAAUGACCUAUUCCAAUUGUUUUGAUUGCUUAAAUUGUGGCUGUAACACUGUGUCGGGUUGAGCAAGACAGAUAUGAGGAGAGAUGUUGAGAGAUCAAGAUAAACAUAGUUCCAGGGCACACAGAGCAGGGAAUUAGAGAGGAAAUGAACAAAACUGAGUGAGGUUAUUGCUGUGCACUUUAUCUAUAAUAACAAAUACAUUAGUUGAACAGAACAGAUUUUUGUUUGCACAAAUUAAAUGAAUCUUCCGUGGUAAUAGUUCACCCACAUAUAAAUUGUUUUCCGGGCUCAAAAUAUUCCUUCACCCUCGGGAUUGAGGCACAGAUAUGAGACCAUUGAUAAUAAGCUGCAAAAAGAAAAAACAACCUGGCUUGACUAUAGAAAGAGAAGCUGAGGACUGUGUGGACUUACUUUGCACUUUGCUCUCCAUAUUUGCCAGCUCACUUUGGUCAGCAGUUGUACAAUGUUCCCUGGAGUUUCACUGACCUCGAUAUCAACACCACCAAGCUUGGCUCUGUAGAAGCAUCUAAAAUGGAUAGUGGGAAUACUGUAGAACCACUGUAUUGUUAACUGUUGACACAUUCUGUACACCCAUUGUCAGCUAUUAAAUGUUAGAUGGCAUUUGAUUGUAUUAUGACGAUAAUAAUAUAUAACUGAGUGUAAAUGUAUAUUAACAUAAAUCAGAUGCUGCACUUUCUGGAGGAAUGUUAGGUUUUAUUGUGUUUAUUUUAAGUAGAUUUGUGCCUUUAAACCGUGAUAAGCCUUCAGUUCUCUGAUGAGUUUGGUGUUGCAAAAUUUCUACGGGAUAUUUUAUUUUUUGUGCAGCACAGUGCCACCGAAUAUACCCUGUACUAUUUAACUGUCCCUGCGUUACUAUGUUUUCCAGAUAUAGACAGUACAGAUAUUUCUUUGUGCUAUUUUUGUCUAAAAAUGAUUUAGUAAGCGUCUCUCUGUAUGGGGCCUUAUCAAUUGUUUGAUAUGCACUUUUAGAAAGAUGUUUGUCUUUAGUGAUCUGAAAAUAGCAUCCAAAGAUGGUAAUAAUCUUAUUUUCACAGUGACAGUGAGCUUGACUGGACUUUGUAGUGCCAUCACAUUUGUAAAAACCUCUAGAUGACAUCUCUGCAGCUAUGA